GCCCGUCGUAGGGAGAGGAGCCCAAGUGAAGUCCUCGGGCGUGAGCGGGUCCAAAGCCUCCUCUUUGAACACGCGUGCCGAAUCCCUUGAUGAAGACGAAAUGGCGGAAGAACCUUCGGACGGUGAGAAAGCCGCACAUGUAUCUUGUCCUUGAGAAGCAUCCAGUGAAGGAACGAGCCGGGCAGCGAAGUCUUCGAACGAAAGUGGAAGACUCCCGACAUCCGCAUAUGCCUCAGAAGAAAGGGCGGUCGUGCGCACAACCGCUUCCAAUGGCGUUGAGGGAGGUGUCGAGUCACCCUUGGCGGCGCCUACUUUCCCGAACGGGGUUUCCCCUUGGUGGGGCAAUGUGCAGCAUCGUGGAUGGUGCUGUUGCACCAAAGACAAUAACGAUACUUGAGUCUCGUGCGGUAACAAUUCGCCGAGAGUCCGUAUUGUGCCCAAGAUGUGUCGAGUGUCUCUGCAAUCUGCGUCAGCGCGUUUUGCAGAGCUGGACACGAGCGCAUGAUAAACAAGUGCUUGAUGCCUCAGAAUGCGAGCGGCAGGUCAGGUGUGGAGGCGAGUCUUUGGAACUCGGUAAUCCAGUCCUGACUGAGCAGCGUGUUUUGAUGGAGCUUGUUGAGCUUGUCCAUCGCUUGCAGGUCGGACGACUCCACUUGGAAUCGCUUGUGCCAGGCGUCAGUCAACUCCUGCCAAGUGAGCUUGGUGUGCAGUUCCGACACUGCUACGCCGUGGCUCGUCAAGAUGUUGCCCAACCAUGCUUGACAUGCACCAUCAGAUCGGUGGUACAAGCACGGAUAUCGAUCGUUGUUCGGGACAUGGUGCAUGUCGAGCCUGAGAGUAAACUGGCACCACCACGGGAUCGGUUCCGUCUUGGACUGAUCGCAGAAAAUUGGAAUGUCAUCCAGUUUGGGUGGGCGCCAGGAGGAUGCGGCCGCGGGCGUCACGGUGGCAGCAGCCUGGACCUGCGUCUCCAACUGCAAGUUCGUUGCUUGCUGCGACGUCCGGAAGUCCUGAUGCACACGCUUAAUGUUGUUGACGUCAUCCUCCAAAACUUGAACGCGGGUGGUAAGGUUGGAAGGCCCUGCGGCUGCUACAACAACUGGCUGUUUCUCCAACGCCUGCAGCCGUGUAAGCAUGUGGUCCACUGUCUGCUGCAGGUGAAGGAUUUCCUCCUGCUGCAGAGCGCAGGUGGCCACGAGGUCGUGGGAGAUCUGCGCAACGGCGGACAGCCCUUUGCUGUUCAGACCGUCGUGGGUGGGAUCCUUCAUGAUGUUGUGGAUGAUACCAACCGAACUCUGAAAGAUGUGCAGAAACACUUCGGUGAUGAUGUGGCAGCCCUCGUUGAAGGUGUUUCAAAACUAAGCCACAUCAAUCAGCUUCUCAGGCGUCACAGACGAACCUCACUGAAGAAGGCAGCAGGUCAGGGCCUAAGUGCAGCUGAGGUUGAGAGCUUGAGAGUUAUGCUUCUGGGAAUGAUCAAUGACCCACGAGUGGUUCUGAUAAAGCUUGCAGACCGCCUUCAUAAUAUGCGGACAGUGUAUGCCCUCCCGUACCCCAAGGCACGUGCAGUUGCGCAAGAGACCUUAGCAAUUUGGUGUUCUCUUGCAUCCCGACUAGGCGUGUGGGCUGUGAAAGCUGAACUUGAAGACCUAUGCUUUGCUGUGCUAAAGACCAUGCAUUGCCGACGUGGAUACCAUCAAAUUGCCAUUAGAAGUCUGGACACCAUCAAAUUGCCAUUUGCAGACCAUGCAUUAAAGUCUGGAUACCAUCAAAUUGCCAUUAGAGCUGAGGACCAGCACAAAACCGCUUUUCAAACCAGGACGUCRUCACUCGUUGAAGCCAUGAAGAAGGUUGAAAAGGAUGGCGGCAGUGCACAGGUGGCGUCUUCAGGUGGGAAGUUGUUCACCGAUGGAUGGUACGAUAUUCGUACGAAGAUUGGGGAAUCAUUGAUCGAGGUCCAAGGAAAAAGGACGAAGUUGAGAGAAGUGAGGGCGGUAUUAGAGAAAGGCUGUUCUUUUCGUGUUAUGAAGAUGAAAUCAGAAUUGGAGAUACUAAAGGAAUCUAAGGAGGACUAUAGGCGAGAGGGGUUGCAGAAGUUAGCAGAAUGGGGAAGGGAUGGGAGAAKUGGUACAGCUWAUGUUCUGCCGAAAGACAAGGACUUGAGCAGAUGGAGACCGAUAUCUCCAGCCACCACCGAUCCUGCUAGACUGGCCAGCUCAUGGGUGGGGAGGGCAAUUCGGUACAUGCUGCUUUGUAUCGAAAAGCGAACCCAUUUUGACCUCAGGUCUAUGGAUGAAUUGCAUGAAGUCCUGAUGCAGCACCAGAGGUACUUGCAGAAAGAAUGUGACRCGGUGAUGGCACGGAGCAACGACGUCAAAGACAUGUUUGCGAGACUUACUCAUGAGAGUGUGCUCGAGGCUGUGGAUUGGAUUAUUGGUAUCCAUGUAGCCAGGGGUAUGAAAGCAGUAAAGUUGAGUUGUAGGGGAAAGGAAUGUUGGAUGUCGAAGACUAUGAGCAUGGAUUGUGGGUUCGUCAACUUGUGUUUUCGUGCUGUUAGAACAAUGGUGGCCUAUGAUAUGUCCCAUGCUUUUGUCAAAAGUGGUGCUCAGGUGCUUAAGCAGAUAUCUCGCAUUCCCAUGGGCAGAAAUUCAAGCCCUGCUCUGGCAUGUCUCGUAUGUGCAAGGGCUGAAUGUAUGUUUCUUGCCUCAUUAGGAUCAGAUAGAAAACUGGUUAGGGGAUUACGGAUGAUUGAUGAUGUGGCAAUAUUGGUGGGAGUGAGGACUGCUCUGAACGGUUCAUGGGAAAAAGCAAAUUCGAUCGUGCGGAAGUUUGAAUGCUGCUAUGAUAGCAACCUAAGUCUGGUACGGAAGGACAAAGAUUCUAAUACAUUUGAUUUUUUGGGGACUGUAGUUCAGAUUGGCAUAUGUCCUAUCGAUGUGUUGUACAACUCUGUUCAUCUACUCGGCCUGUCCGUUGGCUUUGGGAUGAUUCCCUGAAGUCAUCUGAAGUUGACUGCCCAUCUGUUCAGUAGUCUUCUUCCACAACUCACUUGUGAAGCGGACGUCUC